AUGAGCGACAAUCUUAAUACUGUGGUCAUAGACCAAGUUCAACUGGGAAAACCUAUGCCCUCCAUUUGCUCCCAAAAGAUGGAGUUGCGAAGUGGUCCAAUCUCUGUUUCAUCUCACGAGGCCACGGAGACAGAUACUAUGUCAGAAAGCAUCACGUCGGCAGACUCAUCUUCCGGAGACCUUGAUUUUGAGAUCGUUGACGCCAGGAACGCAUUUCUCGCCCAAUUCCACGGAUAUAGCCUUGACGAUAUCGAGGAUGUCUAUCCUUGCACGCCUGUCCAGGAAGGUAUUUUAACGAGUCAGAUGCAAGGUACGGAGGACUACAUUAUUCGUGCCACCAUGGAGUUGCAUACGGUUAAAGGUGCAACCUUUGAUUUGAAGCGUCUCCAAAAAUCCUGGGACAGCAUCGUUCGACAGUCUACUGCUCUUCGAACAGUCUUUGUUCAAUCAACCUCUGGGGAGGGGUUAUUUUAUCAGAUUGUUUUGCGGGGUGUACCUACUGGAAUCCAGGAAAUUCAUUGCGAGACUCUCUACGACAUCACAACGAAAAACCCGACAUGGGAAGAUGGUCGUAUUGCCCCGCAUUGCUUAGCAUUUUGCGAGUCAUCAAAUGGUCCCGAUGGUCUUAGAAUUGAACUACAUCAUGGCGUUUCUGACGCCAUCUCAAGCAUGAAGAUCCUUCAUGAACUCAUGCGUCUCUACGACGACCCAAAUCGCCAGCUUAUCGGAAUUCCCUUCCGUAACUUUGUGCAACAUCUUCAAAACAACCCCGAAGAAGAAAAACUAAAGUACUGGCAAACCUUUCUCGAGGGCUCCCAGCCAUCCAUGUUUCCUAAACUUCGUGUUGGUAGGGAGAAUCGAGGGCUUCCACAGCGAUAUCGUCGACAAGUUAAGCUCAACCGGGAUAGGGUUCUGGCUAUGGUGAAAAGCACAAAAGUUAGCUUUUCCAUGCUUUUCCAUGCUGCCUGGUCAGUAUUACUGCGCGCCUAUUUGGGAAGAGACGACGUAGCUUUUGGUUAUAUCUCCUCUGGCCGUCACAAUGUGCCAUUGCCCAAAAUUCAAGAGGCACUUGGCACCUAUAUCAGCAUGAUGGUAGCUCGGGCUCGCAUCGACAAAUCCACAACCCUGCUAGAUCUUGCGAGCCAACUUCGAAAGAAUAUUUCCUGUUCUUUACCCCACGAACAAUGCUCGCUGGCAUCUAUUCAGCGCAGAAUGCAAAUCAACGGUGGAUUCUUCAACACGUUGGUUGACGUUCAAAGGCGACCAAAACUUCAGCGUACAUCUGAUGAGAUCAGCUUAAAUCUUAUCCAUGUACACACUGUUGCUGAAUACGACCUUGUUGUCAAUAUUGAAGACACUGAAAACAUCAUCAGCUGCUUCACUUCUAUAAUUGAGCAUUUCUUAAACGACCCUAACCUCAAGAUAACGGAACUGGAUUUAUGCACCGAGGACCACUGCAGUCAACUGUCACAGUGGCAUCGCACUCAGCUUCCGGUGACUGACGCAUGUGCCCACAAUCUCUUUGAGGCUGAAGCUGUCCUUCACCCCGAAGAACUUGCUGUAUGCUCACUCGACGUUAACUUUACAUACAGACAGUUGAGUAUGCUGAGCACACGAUUAGCCAUGCACCUAAAAUUUUUGGGUGCAGGCCCUGGCGUGAUGAUCCCCUUUUGCAUGGAAAAAUCGGCUUGGGCAAUUGUCUCCAUGCUGGGUGUAUUGAAAGCUGGGGCGGCUUUCGUUCCCCUGGAUCCCGCCGCCCCCGUCAGCCGCAUAGAAGCCAUUCUUGCGGACACAAUGGCCACGAUUGUCAUAACUUCCGCCUCUACGUUGAAAAUGAUUAACAAGAUACAGAGAAACCAAGUUGUCGUUGUCGUCAAUGAGGGAUCUAUCACAGCUCUUGAAGAGAGCGCCGAUAUUAUCAGCGCAAACCCUGGUACUCAUCCAUCCGUGGGACCCCAUGAUACAGCCUACGUUCUCUUUACUUCGGGAUCCACUGGAAAACCAAAGGGAGUCGUGGUUCCUCAUCAAUCGCUCUGCUGCAGUAUGUAUGCCCACGGGCCAGCAACAGGCAUCGAUAAAAAUACUAGGGCUCUUCAGUUUGGUGCCUAUACAUUUGACUCUGUCAUUGCCGAAGUAUUUACUGUGCUUGUGUAUGGUGGAUGUGUUUGCGUUCCGUCAGAUGAAGACCGUAUGAAUAAUCUAGCAAGCUUCAUUCGACAAGUUGGUGUCAAUUGGGCCAUGUUAACGCCGACGUUCGUUCGAACUCUUGACCCAGAUUCAAUCACAGGAGUUCGCACUUUGGUACUUAUUGGCGAAUCAGUUGAUAAAGACUGCGUGGACACAUGGCUUGGGAGAAAUACGGAGCUGGACCCAACCGUCAUUGGUAAACCCGUUGGAUGUAGAGCCUGGAUUGUGGAUCCAAUUAAUCACAAUAAACUCUCAUCUAUUGGGGCUGUUGGAGAACUUAUCAUUGAAGGACCAAACAUUACCAAAGGGUACUUGGGGGAUACCGACAAGACAUUACAAUCCUUCAUUUCUACACCGUCCUGGGCAUCUCGCUUUAAGGGGGUUUCCCAUGAGGCAUUUGCAUUCUAUAAGACAGGGGAUCUGGUACGGCAACUCAGUGAUGGCUCACUAAAGUUCUGCGGUCGUGGAGACAGCCAAGUGAAAGUGAACGGACAACGACUUGAGCUUGGCGAAGUCGAAGCUAAUCUGUUGAGUGAUGAGUCUACUGUCCAGGCGCUCGCUGAAGUACCCAAAUCUGGCCCUUUUCAGGGGCGUUUGGUAGCUGUUAUGUGUCUUAAUGGCCUCAUGGAGCUAAAGGAGCGGAAAGCUGCUAUGGAGCUGCAAUUCAUCACUAGAGAGUGCUGGAAUACAGCCGCCGACAUUUGCAUCUGUUUGGGUGACAAGCUGCACUCAGCAUUGCCAGCAUACAUGGUACCGACUGUCUGGAUUCCUGUCCAGAAGAUGCCUCUCCAGCCUUCUGGCAAACUGGAUAGGCAGAAAAUACGGGCUUGGUUGGCGGCUGUCGACGGAGAUGUGCUGAAAGACGCAGUUGAGUUUCAGACUAGUGGCAUUGAAAAAAACGCUGAAGACGAGGCGUUGUUUCGUGAAAGUGAAACAGCCCGGCAACUGCGGAAGAUUUGGAGCGAAGUUAUCAACAUCCCAGAAAAUAGCAUUGGUCCUUUGAAUGCCUUUAUUUCUUUAGGAGGAGAUUCUAUCGCGGGGAUGCGAGCUGUUUCAAGAGCUAGGGCUCAGGAAAUAUUUGUCACCGUUCAGGAAAUUCUUCAUUACCGCACCAUUUCCGCCUUAGUUGCCCAUCUUCACACAAAGGAAUCAUGUACUGAAUCUUCAGUUUCACGAAAACAAGUGGAAUAG